UUUUUUUUUUUUUUCGCUUACGUUAUACAUUCUAAUCUCAUGAGCGACGAUUAUAUUACCAUCAAAAUAAGACCUUCUAAUGGUGUCUUUUUUGAUAUACAAAUAGAUCCUAAAUCAACUGUUCUUCAAUUAAAGGAAAAAAUUGCUCAACAUAUGGAAAAUACUUCUGCUUCUCAAAUCAAACUGGUUUAUUCUGGUCAUAUUCUUAAAGAUGACAAGACUUGUAGUUCUUAUGAAAUUAUCACUGGUCAUACUAUUCAUGUCGUCAAGUCUAAAACAUCUUCUACCUCAUCUCCUGCUGCUUCAACUGAUACAACAACUAAAAGUUCUCCAGUAAAAACAACUAAUAAUAAUGAUAAUAAUAAUGUUAGUUCACCAUCUACUAGUACAACAACAACUUCAACCACUUCUAAUCCAACACCUGGUCUUUCUGGUCGUUUUCCUGGUUUUGGUUCUGAUAUGUCUGGUAUGCCUCCAGGGAUGCCUCCAAUGAAUCCUGAAGCUAUGCGACAAAUGAUGGAUAGUCCUUUUAUGCAAGGUUUAUUAAAUAAUACAGAAUUUGUACGAUCUAUUAUCAUGAGUAAUCCUCAAAUGAGAUCACUUGUAGAAGAAAAUCCUGAAAUUGGUCAUGUUAUUAAUGAUCCUGCAUUUUUACGACAAUCUAUUGAAAUGAUGAGGAAUCCUGAGUUGAUGCGUGAAGCUCAGAGGAGCAAUGAUCGUGCUUUGUCUAACAUUGAAGCAUUACCUGGUGGUUUUAAUCAUUUACGGCGGAUGUAUAGUACUUUGCAAGAUCCUUUGGAUUCCGCGUCUAGACCCAAUGAUACCUCAUCCGAUGAAGCAAAUGAAAGAUUGGCAAGACAGUUAAACGUAACAAGUGUCAGAGAAAAUACCUUGAAUACACAAGCAUUACCAAACCCAUGGGCAGCUCCUUCUACCAACACCAACAACAACAAUACUAAUAACUCUACCAAUGCUGGAUCUAACACCUCUGCACCUCCCAAUCCAUUUGCUGCUCUUCUAGGUGGAAGUGGUUCUCCCUCACCUUUUCCAUUUCCUUUUCCUGGUGCAAAUUCAUCAUCUGAUGCCAAUACUUCAACAACAGGAAAUCAAGGAUCUGGAGCAUCUGUUCCUUUCUGGGCGGAUCCAAACUUGGCAGCACAACUACAACAAAGUAUGAUGAUGGGUCAACAACAACAACAACAACAACAACAACCUUCCUUCCUUCCAUUUAUGCAAAACAUGUUCGGAAACAGUAACAACACAUCUGGAUCAACAACAACAACUACACCUAGUCAGCCAACCGAACCUCCAGAAACAAGAUUCCAUACUCAAUUGGGGGUUUUGGAGGAAAUGGGAUUUUCUGAAAGACAAGCUAAUAUCCGAGCAUUAUUGGCCACUGGUGGUGAUGUCCAAGCUGCCAUUGAAUAUUUGUUGAACCAUUAGAAUCCAUAUUGUAGUCUAGUCAUCCAUUCAUCUCCUCUUUUUAUAUGAUUUAUUCUUUUUGACAAUACAUUUAUACUAUUCUCCUUUUUUUCUGACUUUACAUGAAUGCUGUUCAUUUUUUGUUUUCUUUUUUAGAGAGAGAUACAUUCAUUAGGG